AUGAUACUUUUCGGACACGAAGAAGGAAUCAACCCCAUGCACGAAGCCAUCGAAAAUGGUCACCGCGAUGUUGUCGACUUCUUACUCCGAAGGGGCUUCAACGCUAACUGCCGCCAAGGCGGGUUCACGGGGCUUGAGGUAGCCGCCGGGAAAGGCCAUCUGGAAAUUGUCAAGGUGCUCCUGGAGGCUGGUGCGGAUAUCACUCGUGGAUCCGGCUUUGGUGGAGCCCUCUGGAGUGCUGUUUACCAUGACCAGGAACUUGUGGCGGCCUUUCUACUGACAGAGCUCAAGACUCGACGUGCUGCUGGGAAAGAGAACGACCCACCGGCGAUGCUGACUAUCCGGCGGGCAUUAGAUUCGGCUGUACGGAGUAAGAAUACACGAAUGGUUGAGAUGUUGUUGGAAGAGGUUGGGCCGGUGGACUUUGAAGGUGACCUUGGAGAGACCCCGCUUCUGGUUGCGGUCUGGUCGAAGACGGUGGACGUUGUCAGGAUAUUGUUGCGGAAGGGCGCGGACCCUAACAAGGACCUGGCCCAGUGGCCCAGACCCUUGACAGUUGCGGCGCAGAGGGGCUUGGUUGAUAUUACAGGAGCGUUGUUAGAUGCUGGAGCGGAUCCGGAAGCCCUUGAUGGCACUGGCCGAACCCCGCUGUCCCAUGCCGCAGAGGAAGGACAUGUGGAAGUUGUCCGGCUCCUACUCAGGUAUGGAGCAGAUAUCUCCCUGCGAGACUCGGGUCGGAGAUGGAGUGCCCUCGAGUGGGCUAUUUUUGAAAAGAAAUCUAAGGUUGUGGAUAUUCUACGACCCCUCUAUGCAGAGACUGGUGAUGCGCUAGCUAGUUGA